UCGAACUGCAUCGAAUUCAACUUUUGGCGCGCUCGUUCAAAUAUCGAAAGGAAAGACCAGCCCCGUUCCUUUCCCUCUGUCUUGUUGGCCUUAACAGCCCUUCAACGCCUGCUUCAACUUCGAAAAUGAACAAUAAUAAACAGCUUAAGUUUCGGUCAACGAGCGAUUGCUAUGUUCAUCAGCCGGCCGAGUUAACCCAACUGCCUGGUAUUAUGCACGGUUCUGGUCUGUGUUUAACCUCUUGGUGCUGUCCUUUCCCGUUUUGAAUGCGUUGGCGUUGUAACAUUCUUAUAGUCAACUGAUAGUUCUGCUGCUUAUGUUGCAGUCCGGCUUGUCUCCCUUUUUCUCCCUCUCUGGGGUGCCCCUCUCACACUGUGUUGAGUGUAAAUCCGUUGUUGGUAAAAGAGCGUCAAGGGGCAAUCAAGUGUCAUGUGCUGUUAGGAGAGGCUCGGUACCAUUGGCGCCUGAAUAAUUGAGAACAGUUUGCCUCAGGCAAGUGGAUAAUAAGAAUAAGAGUGGCUAUUUGUGUUGUGGUAACGGCAUGGUUGUGUUUGGCUUGCACACUGCGAAUGCCCAUUUAUGUCACGUAAAAGUAACUGUGGCAAUAAUGUUUUUGGAUCAUCUAUAGUUGUUAUAUCCAUUAGAAGUAACAUGUGCCAAGGGUGAAACAUGUCUAUCUGGAAGAAAGACCAGUGCCCGUGAAAGAGUGACUUGAUAUGUGCUGGUCAGCAUGCGUUUUCUAAGUGUGUCGGAUAAACGUUGAAUACGACGAUCGGUGACGAGUUAGCGAUAUAAUUUCAUUGCAGCCAUAUUAGCAGAUACCGUAGUAAUAUGGAGAGCAAAAACCUACCUGGUAUAGCGGUGUUUGGCUCGGGUCGAACUGUUCGAGUGGUCGUGCCACAUCUUCGAUUGCGCGGUUUUCGUAUCGAAGCUCUCUGGGCUCGUACAGCCGAUCUUGCGAAAGAGGCCGCAGCUGAGCUGGAUAUUCCGUUCUGGACCACUCGUGAAGAUGACGCGCUGCUACGGAAGAACGUCAGCCUUGUGGCCAUUCUUUGCGAACCGCAUCUUCACUCAGGCAUCGCUGUGAAGGCUCUUCGAAUCGGUAAGCACGUCCUCUGCGAUAGGCCGGCAGGCUUAGAUAAUGCCGACGUACUGAAAAUGGUCCAAGCUUCACAAUACUACCCGUCACUGAUCUCAAUUGUGGGUCACACACUCCGGUUUCUGCCGUGCUUCGUUCAUAUGAAACGUCAGUUAGCCGACGGCUACGUCGGAGAAGUACAGAGCAUAGAUGUCCGAGUGAUGUGUGGGAGCUUAUUUCAAGACCGUUACUCAUGGUUGCAAGAUGCUCGCGCAGGAGGUGGGGCACUAGCGAACUUUGGUAGUCAUCUCAUCGAUAUCAUCAGUUUUAUCACGGGUCUACGUGCUACUCGAGUUAUGGGUACUCUACGAACGUUAGAGGUAUCAAAAGAUGUGUUUCAUCAAGCGCAGGCCGACGAUCUGUGCGCAUUCCAAUUGGAAAUGGAUAACGGGGCGCUCGCGACCGUAAACAUUAACACACGCUUUGCUGGCCAGUACUCUGAGGAGUUAACGAUAUGUGGUAUAAGCGGCAUUCUCGUUGUGCGAUCGGGUGACCUGUUUGGCCAAAAAGUGGGAUCAAUGAAAGAGGAUGUCCUCUACCUAGAUGUCGAAGAUCUUAAACAGUCGCCGUCGAUUUUGCCCCGCAAUAUUACGGACCUCACCAAGGAGAAGCUUCAGGAGAAGAUUCAUCCGCCACAUUUGCCUAAAGCCCAUGUUAAAGGGUGGAUCAAACUGAUCGGCUCCCUGAAGGAGGCCUUCGUUGCGAAGCCCAGCCUCUGCCAAUGGACAAAGGAACGUGUUCAAAGCGCAGCAACAUUCGAAGAGGCAUUCUACGUACAGUGUGUCGUUGAUGCUGUACGCCAGUCUUCCACCGAUAAGCAAUGGGUGCGGGUAGUUGCAAAUGCGAACGAGAUGCCUAUCCUCGAGCGACACGAUGCUUCCAAUAAGCUUUAUACUGGACUAUAUCGAGUCAAUCAAGGACUAUCCCUGUAGACUUUUAAAGAACCGUAUUUGCAUCGUUUCGUCCCUUGCUUCAUAGUAGAACAUCCACUAAAUUUCAUCUAAAUUAGGUCAUCCAUCACUCUCCCGUUAGAUUAGCAGCUGCGCUUCAUCGAAUACAAUCACAAUACUAAUAGUAGAGACAACGAAACUCUAAAUGACCAAAAAAUAGCCGUACGACGUGUCUUUACUAUCGCCUGCAAUCAUCACCAGAUGAGCGCGAGAGGCAGUUGAAGUCGCUACAUGUUUACUAGGCGUGUUAUCGAUCGAAAUCGUUGGAUUCAGCAAGAUCAGUCAGCUGUCUGCGAUGAUAGGGGCAGCCUGCCAAAGUCGACGAACGGACCAACACACAGCCAACUAGCUAGUCAAACAACGCGGCAAUGACACCGACCAGCUCCAGGAUAAUCUGUUCUCCGAGGAUCGACGCACAGAAAAGGCAUCACAGCUCCUGUAUAGGGGGAAGGGUGCCGCGGUAACCCUUGUCGAGGCCGCCACCGCAAGGAUUUGUUCACAUUGAAUUCCCAUCUCACGAUGUGCCUACGAAUAGAAUAUUAUGAAUAUAGAAUGCGAAACUUGAUAUAGAAUUUUUCAAUUUUCGAAUCAAAUGGACGGGUAAAGAAACAUUUUUCUGGUGGUCAGUGUUGUCAGUCAAUUUGCCUCUUAUUAAGCAGCGAUGUUAAGAGUUCGGCAUGAAAUCGGCAAGCUGACGGUAUUUAUCUUAUAACCUCUGAAAGAAGGUGCAGUAAUGUCGAGGGAAGUUCAGCAGUUAGCAGCGUUACGGGUAGUAGUUGAUGCCGUGGACGAUGUGCUUACCAGCUUCAGCUCCGCAAAGACGAAAAUCAUCGAAGUCAAUGAGUUAAUUGACUCGGACUCCGACUCUACUGCUGAACUCCCCAUACCGGCCAGGCGCAUCGAGCUUCCUUCUUCCUCCUCAGAAGAUUACGGGAGUUCAUCGCCAGCUUUCUUGACGGAGGACGGCUAUGACGAACUUUCAAAUGAGACGAUUACGUUGGAAAUCGCGAAGGGGUUGGACAACUUGUUGCAUGAAUACAAGCUUCUUGACAAAGGAUUGCGCCAGUUGGACUCUGUGAUAGACACAGACGACAUCGGCUCUCUAGGCGACCAAGUGUCGUCGCCCGCGAAAUAUUCGAGUGAGCUUAUAUCUAACUUCACGUAUGGAGGAUAUGAUGAAUAUGGUUUAGUCUUCUGGAACGACGACUUCACCGAGAGCGAUUAUCAGUACACAGACGCUGAAGAUAGCUUCCACGACGCUGAUGAUGAUGAUGAUGAUGAUGACGACGACGACGACGACGACGACGACCCGUAUUUUAAAGAAGACGAGGUCGAAUGGCCGAAUGAGCGGCAGUACACGCCGUCGCCAGCUGGGGGCUCUUUAGUACAGGUGAGUGCCAUGACGAAGUCUGCAGUAGAACUUCUCCAAUCAUUACUGUUAUCGCUUUUUCAUACGGACGAGCGACCGGCGCGACUUAUCGACGUGACCACUGAUGCUCAACUGCGAACGGUGAUUAAAAACACCUCCAAGUUGCUGGCAAGGGUGGCACAUGCAAUUGAGGCGACAAUAGCCAUUCUUGAAGCGAUGUUCGACGAAAUACGAGAUGACGCUGCUGGAUUUGAUCGGGACCCAUUUGUAUUAUAGACGACGCAGGAGAGCUAAGUGUCCUGUGACGUCGAUCAUUUUGUCAUCUAGUAGACUUAGUCAAAUAAGGUCAGGUAAAUAAAUCCGUAAUUUAAUACGUUAAGCAGUAAUUCGCAGGAUAGUUCGAUCCAGGAAGGAUUACGCCUGGUUCAGACGAGCAAACCAGACAAAUCGCCCAUUACCGCUUAAGGCUUAAAUUCAACCGAAUUUGUCCUUGCACAUUUUGCCACCGGGUUUGACAGGAAAUAGGCUCAUAAUGAGACUAAUGAUGAUUUGUAUUACUCCGAUUGUCUCAAGUUCUUAAACGUUCGUAUCGAGUCGGCUCUUGUUCUCUAUCUUAUGCCUUGUAUCAAUUCCUAUAGUUGUUCUUAAUCGUGGACUUUAAGAAAUUAGUUAUAAAGUUUGUGUCCACUUUGUUAGUUAAUGUGAUUUGUGAAUUACGCAGCUUACAACAAAAAGUAUGGUAUCCCUUAUUUGAUUUUAAUAAUGAUUGUUUU